GUACCUUCUAGCGUUCGAGUAAGCUCCGGCACGUGACGUGGAGAUGACCAAUCAGGUGCACCUCCAGGUUUAACUACGUUAAAUGUCAGAUUGCAAUAAACUAGAAGCUGUUGGUCUGGCCCGCGGAAAUGGGCGAGCAUAAUCUUCUUAAUCCUGGGUUUGUGGGACCUUUGGUAAACAUCCACACUGGAGACAGGUUUUACUUCCCGAAUUUUAGAGCCUCAGGGGGACAGCUGGCGGGGCUACCGUCUCUCUCGUACCCUAGAAGGGACAAUGUUUGCUCUCUCCCGUGGAAUCCAUCGGAGUCGUGCAAUGGAUAUCCUCAGUCUUACUUUAGCAGUCCCGUAUCCAUUAACCCCUCUUUUAAUCGAUCUUGUGAAAUAACCCGACUGGAGGAAAGCAAGUGUUAUUAUGGCAAUUCCAGCAGCACCAGAGAGCCGUGUCCAGACAGCAACAACCUCAAACGAGAGGAGCGAGCAAGAGAUACAUCAGUAUCGUCUGAUCACGGGAUGCACAAUGGGAUGGGCAACAGUGGCACCUUCUCAAAGUAUGAUUAUGGCACCGAGCAUCUGACCCAAGACCCGCCAUCCUGUCAGUCCUUGGAGUCCGACUCCAGUUCUUCAAUGCUAAACGAAGGGGGAAAGGCUUCAGCAGGCGACCCACAAACCCUGCUAUCGCAAGGAAACCACGCAAGCAAUAUCGCCAGUGGAGGAGGUGCCCCGUGGUACCCGAUGCACACCCGGACCCGCAAGAAGCGAAAGCCCUAUUCCAAACUGCAGCUGGCCGAGCUUGAGGGAGAGUUCAUGCUGAACGAGUUCAUCACCCGGCAGCGACGUAGGGAACUGUCUGACAGGCUCAGUCUCAGCGACCAACAGGUUAAGAUUUGGUUCCAAAAUCGGCGGAUGAAGAAAAAGAGACUGUUGCUAAGGGAGCAGGCUUUGUCCUUCUUUUAAGGAGGCACAAAAUAUACAUUGCUUAAUGGUAAUCCAACAACAGUAUGUAGUUAAUGGUAAUCUACCAUUGGCCCAUUUUACUCUGAAAGUCUUGCCCUACGACGCAUUCAGGAAUCACGAAUAAGAAUUCAAACAUAAUAGGGGUACGCGACCAAAUGAUGGCUCCAGAAGUCUGCUUAUACUAUGUGCUCUGGUGUUUAUUUAAGAAGGUUCGUGUCCAGCAGUUUUGGGCAUGUACACGCUGAGAAUGUUUUAGUUGUAAGUUUUGAAAGUAACAAGCUGUCUAAGCCAUUACUCACUUUAUUAAGUAAUGAACUGCUAGUUAGAAACUCAGACAAAUAUAAGCUGUGAGAUGGCAUUUCGGACAAGCAAAAUGUUCUCUUAUCAGUCUGAAAUGAUCGCUAAAUAUUUAUUGUCGGAGUGUUAAAACCAAUUUUUGAAAUUAUAACACUCGUGCCAUGAUCAGUGUUCUAAGCUAGAAAAAAUAAAAUAAAAUAGACUGAAACGCCAAACUUGGUCAUAAUGAGAAUCCUUAACUGUUCGUAAUCUCCCAUAUAUGUUUUUAUUUCGCCAGUUAUAAGAAAGGGCCGUUCAAACUCAAUAUUCGGCAAUAAGAAGCUUGGGCAGCGUUAAGUCAUCAACGUCUUAUCUCAGUUCCGCAGUCAUCGCCACGUGUUCUAUGGCACGUUCACGGUCACGGGCACAAAGUUAGUGACCCAACUCAUAUCUUGGGCCCUUGAGAACCAAACUGCAAUUACAGAACAGCUUUUAUGAAUAGACUUUGAUCUAGCCUGUGAAAUGUCAUUCUGACAAAUGUUAGGAAAUUACUUCUGCAACUAGAUUUUGGCCAAAGUGUAAAUUGGUAGGCCUGCAGCUAAGCCGCACAAACUGCUAAUACAAUGUUUAUUCAUGAUAUAGUGAAAAACUUUAUAAAUGUCUCUGUCAUAUUUGCAUUUUAACAGCAUAAAUUUCCCAUUAACGAUUGCUUGUCCCUUGAUCUGCGUUAUUUGGACAUAUUCGCUAAGGUCUACUAAAUUAAUUCACAACAACAGUGCUUCUGGGAGAGAAAUGCAUGGUCAGGUAAUAUUAAGAAGAUGCGCAACUAUAAAUUAAAACAAAGAUUAAGUCAUUUUAUAAGUGUAAUGGAAGUAGCAAUCAUACUGAAGAGCCCAGAUUUACAUCCCAGUAUUAACGAGCCUGUUUUGCUAAUUAGCGGGACCCAUUGUGUUAUUUGAAACAUUAUUUACCCAGAUCAAGAAUUAUAUGCCAGUGAAAUAGUUCAUAUUUGCUGCAUGAUUAUAAUGACUGUAGUUAGAAGGUAAAAAAGCAAAUGUUUUUCCGACUUUUUUGUCAACAAUGCGCAUGUUUUAUUUUAAAACACCUUAUCAAAAAACUGAAAAGAACGUUUAAAAGAU